AUGACAAAGUCUAUUUUUUAUGAAGAUGGGCAAGAUAGCGACUUUAAUGAACAAAGAGAAAAUUUUUUUUAUCCAAUGGAGGGCAUCUUAACUGAAAUUGCAGAUCCCAACAUUGUUCUUGAGACGAUUACAAAUCAAAGGGAAUAUCUAGCUCUAAAGCUUAUUGAAAGAGCCAUUCAAGAGAAAAAUUCUAAGGAAAUAAAUGUCGUUCAAUCGACUAAAAAGCCACCAUCCCAUACAAUAAUUGUCCCAAUUCAUGCCUCUAGUGUACUUCAUGUAGUAUUGAAAAAGCCGCCACUUAAAUCCGAUAGAAGCUCUCAGAAUAAAAAGAUUAAAAAGAUCAAUAAUGGCAAGAAACGAGCAUUCUCAGAUAUUGUUAAUGAAAAAACAAAUGUAGAAGAGGAUGAGAAUAUUGACGACAAUGCUAAACCCGUAUCAAAAGGUACAAAUACCGCCCACUUCAUCAAGUUUAUUAAUGAACUGCUAGAUGUAAUGGACUUUGAUCAUAGCUUAAAGGGAAGUUAUAUUGUUAUGGACAAUGCUUCCAUACAUAAAUUGGAUUCAAUGAAAAGAGAGGUUGAAAGCAGACGUUACCGUGUGAUGUACCUUCCUCGUACUCUCCUAAGCUAA